GUGCUGUCGUCGCAUAAUGAUGACGUUUCCUUGGAGUUCAGUAACUUGUGUGAUGUGAUGUUUUUAUCUAUUUAAAAUAAAACCUUUUCUAUGGACUUAUUGCUCCACGCAGUGGGUCGACUUACAGCUGCUAACGUGAAGUAACCUCUGCUGUCAUGCGUCCAAUCAUGACUCAGAUCAGCGAUCCAAAGAUCGCCUUUGCCUACCUGCGGCCGGCCUGCGUCCUCCUCACCAAAGCGCCCACUGUGACCAAUGUGGAGACGCUGAGCGGCCAGUUAAAAGAAGUCAACGAUGCCACAUUGCAGCAGCUCCAAGAGUACGUCCUCUUCCCUCUCCGAUUCGUCCUUAAAGUCCCCGGGCCCAAGAAGGACAAGCUGGUGCAGGCCGUGGCCGAGGCCAUGAGCCACCUCCUGGAGAACACUUGUGUCCAGAGCUGGGAGACCCUCCGUGACCUCCUCUCAGAGCUCUGCCUCUGCCUGUGCUCUCCAACCGAUCCUGGGAAACCUGCAGAAACCUCAGAGGAGCUGAAACUGGCUGUGCUGAGGUGCCUGGACGCACUGCUUCAUGCCGCUUAUGGCGAUAUAGUCUUUAAACUCUUUGAAGCAACGAUGCUGCCCGGACUGGGAGCUGCCGUAUCUCUGCUGCUGGCUCUAGCAGAGAAGGAGAAAUCUAGAGAUGUACAGGCAGCAGCCUUGAAGUGCCUCCAGGCUUUGACUCUACAGUGUGACUGCAGCCAGGUGCAUGUGGUCCCGUCCUCAGAGGAGAGAUGUGCUGUUGGCAGCACCAUGGCUUCAUUCCUACCGGGGAUCACUGUGGCGGUAGCCAGGAUCAUUACAGGAGAUCUGAGACAAGGCCAUGCAGUCACAGUCAGAGCCAUCAAGGUUUGGUCCAGGACUGUGGGACUUGUCAUGGAAGACUCCCAGCUUCAGGCCAGUGGGACCUGGAAGACUCCGUCACCAGAGUUGGGGAGAAUCGCGCAGCUGAUGGUCCGUCGGGCAUCAGACUGGGUGGAGAGCACGGCAGAGAAACUGUGUGUCCUCCUGAAGAAGAUCAUCUCCUGCACCUCGGCUCACAAGCACUGGAGGGUCAGACUAGAGAUGGUGGAGCUGGGUGACCACCUGCUGGCCAGGUGCAGCCAGUCACUGGGAGAGUGUGUGGGGCUGCUACUGGAAGCACUGGUGGGAGCAGUCAAUGAUGAGGAGCCCAGAGUCAGAAAGAGGUGUGAAGUGGUUCUGCAGGAGGUAUCACAGAGGAAUCAGAGCAGCAGCAGCAGUGCUCAGACCUUCACUGACGUGCUUUCAGAGAAUCUCCACUCUUUGGCCACCUCUCUACCCAGACUCAUGAGGACCUCUGAUGACCAGAAGAAGCUGUUUGUCCUCAACGUGUUUCUUGGGUAUUUAAAAGUCCUGGGACCGCUCGUCUCUGUGAUACUGAAUUCUGCUGCUCAUCUUGAGAGGAUUUCCAAAGCCUUGAUGCAGGUACUGGAGCUGGAUGUGAUGGAUGUUCGCAUCGUGGAGGAGAGGAGUUACCCUGUUGCCAUGGAGACGACCUCAGGCUGUGAUUCCCAUGCUGCUCACAUAAAGAGGAAGCAUUUUCUCUACUUCACAGAUGAGAAGAUCUUCUCUGUGCUCAUGGAGAUCUGUCGAACAUUAGGUUACUUCGGUAACAUUUACCUGCUGACGGAUCACUUUCUGGACCUGUACCAGCAGUCUUCAGCGUACAGAAAGCAGGCUGCCAUGGUGCUCAAUGAGAUUGUCAGGGGUGCAGCAGGCAUCGCCGUGGCAACAGAGGGGCAGGGUUUGGAGAGCCAAGUCCGGGGACACUCUGCCACCCUGGAAGACCUGAAAGUGGCAGUGGUGUCCAUCAUGGAGGAGUACACCAGUCUGAACAACUGGCACUUGAUUACUGUCAGUGAGGAGACUGAUAGAGACCGACAGGACCAGCAGCUGCUCAGUCCGUCCAGACUUCUCUCAAUAUCCAACAAUGAUUUCAACAACACUCAAACAAACUCUCUCCAAGUGACCUGUCCUUCACUCGGCAGCCCGUCCUCCUCCUCCUCCUCAUCCACCUCCACAAUCCACCAGCUCAACAGCAACAUCUGGCAGCUGUGCAUCCAACUGGAGGGCAUCGCCUGCUUUGCUCAGGCGCUGGGGCUUGACUUUCGGCCCUUUUUGAUGACAUCACUGUACCCUGUACUGGAAAAAGCUGGAGAGGAGACACUGUUGGUGAGCCAGGCAGCUCUGGGCUCCAUGUGGGACAUCAGUCAGGCCUGUGGCUACCUCUCGCUGAAGGAGCUGAUCAAUGAGAACUCCGACUAUCUGCUCAAUGACAUAUCACUCAACCUGCAGAGGCUCAGCCAGCACCCACAGGCUCCACGGGUGCUGACAGUGAUGUUGACUCACUCUGACUGCAGCCUGCUGCCUCUGGUCGGGGACAUAGUUCAGGAUGUGCUGAUGGCUCUGGAUCUCAGCUACGACCACACAGCUGCUCUCUUCUGCUCCGUGUUGCACGCACUCAUGAAGGCACUGGCAAGGUGGUUUCCCUCCAGUUAUGGUAGGACCAGUGAGUCUGCCAGACCCAAACAGACGUCUCCUCACAAAGAAAUCCUCAACAUCCGCCAGUUCCUGCUGGAUCACCGCAAAGAGAAAGAGCUGGCGGAGGGCAUUGGAAUAGAGGAGGACGACACGGAAGACCUCGAGGUCCCUCCUCCCAUGGAGUGUGAGGAUGCUGAGGAUAUCAGUGGUCCUGAUGUGAAAGCACAGCUUCCCUCCCACCUCAGCAUCACUAAAGACGUUAUGGAGCGCUGCAUUCACCUGCUGUCCGACCCCAGUCUCAGGCUCCGACUCAAGGUCUUGGACGUGCUGGAGCUGUGUGUGUGUGUGCUGAAUGAGAAGGAAAAUGAGCUGCUCCCGAUGGCCCAUCGCUGCUGGCCUGCCCUCCUGCAGAGACUAACAGCUGACGACCCUUUGGCGGUCCUCAGAGCCUUCAGGGUGCUGUGUACGCUGGGUGAAACAUGUGGUGACUUUCUGAGGAGGAGGGUAUCCAAAGAGGUUCUGCCCAAGCUGAGCUCCUCGCUGGUGCGGCAGGCUCCAAUCAGCGCCAAGGCAGGACCCGUCUACGCACACACCCUGGCCUACAAACUGCAGCUGGCUGUGCUGCAGGGGCUGGGAUCGCUGUGCCGGAGGCUGGACCUGGGUGAAGCAGAUCUGGAUUCUGUCUGUGAGGCCUGUCUGCCCUACCUGAGCUGCCGUCAACCAAUCAGACUGCAGGAGGCCAGCAUAAGCGUUUUCCAACACUUAAUCCAAGUGGAUCCGGACGCCUUCUGGUUUACUCUAAAUGAGCUGCACUGCCCGUGCUCCUACACGCCGCCGCACCCCGACCUCCAGCCCGUACAGCUGAACGGAGCGGGUCGACCGAGAGACGAGUACUCGGACAACGUGCUGAAACUGCUGAGAGAGGAGUUUGGCUCGGUCGCUGAGACCAGUCAACCGGACGGGCAGCUAAUGAGCUAGUGAUUGAUGUGAUUGACUCAUCCCUCACACAGACGGCUUAUUGAACCACGGACUCCCAACAAGUCAACUUACUGAAAGAAAAUCUGACAGUCGUGCCAAAAAAACAGCCAUCAGAUACGGCUGUGAUAACCUUCAUGCUCUGCACAGCUCUGAUAAGCAGCGAGGUACAAAGAGGAAAAUAUCAAUGAAGCAUCUCUCCUGCUGCAGGUGUAGAAACCAGGAUCACUGUGACAGGUCGUCUGCAUUAGGAGACAUGCAGUCACAGGGCUCACGGUUUUUAUUUCAUGUCAAGGCACUGACAUAUACUGUAUGCAAAUGUUCCUGUUAUUUCUUUAUUUUCUUAAAAAAAUACUUUAUUCCUGCUUGGAACUGCCUUGCUCGGUUGAAUUAUUCAACCUGUGGUAGAGUAGUUCUGGGACUUUAUACAUAUUAACUUGCCCGCCGGUGACCCAGAUAAAGAGAUUUUUGUGACCCUGAAACCUUGAUUAUUAAAAUAAUCAUCAAACUAUUCAAAAUAA